CAGCCCUCCCCCACUGCGAUUCCAGCGGCAGGGAAGGAAAGCUCUGCUCCAUCUCGCACCAAACGAAGCCGGGUCUGGGCUGACUUCCUCUGCUUUCAGGUUCAGUGUGAAAUAACGAGCUGAAAAGCCACGAGGCUCCGUUUUUGAACCUGCCAAGGGAUGGCCGACUUCAGAAGGAGCAGAAACGCCGGGAAAGCUCGGCGUUAACCAUUUCAUCGUUUCCAAGAGGAAAAAACCUCCGUGUGACUCCCUCUGCGGCGGACUUUAGCACAAAUCCUGCUGUGCCCACAGAUCCCCUGUUCCGUGCGCCUGUAUUUGCGUUUUGCCGGGGAGGAAGGGGGGUCGGAGCUGGGAUUCCCCAGGGAAUGCCUCUCCCGGGAUUCUGCUGCCGGGAUUCUGCCAGCAGGACACAGGUGAGGCCGGGAGAGGCUGCUCCUGCCAGGAGCGGGCACACGGUGCCCAUGAGAGCCUCCCUGGCACCGAUUCGUGCCGAGCUGGGCCAAGGAGGCGCCCGGCAAUUCCGGGAGCCGGCGGUGCCGCGUUUCUAACCCAGCCCUGGGUAACUCAUUGACCUCUGCUGGGAAGCGGAGGUUCCCAGGAUGAUAAGGAGCCCUUGGAAGGAAUUCCUUCCCUCGUGUGAGGGAGUGGCAGCGCCGGGCACGCUCGCAAACACGUCCGCAGCCCCGGCAGCUCCAUCCCGGCGGCUCCGAGGGCUGGAAUCGCGUGCGGGGCUCCGAGGGGCUGGGAUUUCAUGCCGGAGCUCUCCCGGAGGGAAGCGGAGCUGGCAGCAGGGGCUGUGCCGCUGUUGCCCAGAGAUGCUCUGCAGACCCCCCACAGCACAGUGAGCCCUCCCAGCCACCCCAAACCCCAACCCUGAGGGUGGGGAAGCUCUGAGGACCUGAGUGAGGAGGGAAUGAGGCUCACCUUCAUCCUGGGAUGCCCAAGGGAUCCUGCAGGGCAGCCAGCCCCUCCCCGCUGCUGUUGGAGCUGGCAUUUGGGCAGUGCUGCCCGCGGAGCAGAGCUGCAGAGCUCACCUGGCUGUAGCUGGCAGAGAUGCCCGUGGUGCUGCCAGCUGCCCCCGCAGUGAUGCGGGAGCAGCAGCGGGCAGGAAGGAGGUGCAGGAUCCCGGCCAGCCCCGCAUGGAGGACGCUGGGUGGGCCCCAGCUGGACAUCCCCGCAGGUGAGGAGUGUGAGUCCUGCUGGCCCCCCUGCCCCGAGCUCCUGCCCCCUGGGGACCGCCUGCACCGCCGGGGACAAUGGUGGAGGGACACGAGCACGGCACCGGGGACACGGCCCCAGGACAUGGCACCAGGUACCCAACAACAGGGAAUGGCAGCGGGGACACGGCCCCAGGACAUGGCACCAGGUAAGGCUGGGCUGGCAGAGCAGAGCAGCCCCGCUCCCGAGGCAGGACACAGCCCCCCGGAGCCCUCGGUGGUGCUGCUGGCUCCCAGGGACAGCUUUCCCCCAGAGCUCUCGCUCUCCUUCUCCGUGGAGAGCCGCUCCUGCCGCUGCCGCAACGCCCGGCUCCAGGAGGCUGCCAGGAAGAAGCUGUGGGCUCUGGAGAGCGAUGACAGAGGUGUCUGUGCCCUGUUCAAGGAGCUGUCAGCCAGGCUGGUCUGCACGCAGGCACACGAGGAUCGCUUCCUCCUCACCUUCAAAACCCUGGAGGAAGUCUGGAAGUUUUCCACCUAUCUGACCUUAGGGUACGUGGGGACCUGCCUGGAGCAGCUGCUCUUUGCCCAGGAGUUCUGGCUGGACUGUGCCCUGGUGGAGGACACAGAGAUCAGGGUCACCGUGGAUGAGGAGCACCUGGCCACCAUCUACAUGGAUCUGCUCCUCCAGGAAGGGAACUUUUUCUGCAGGGCAGUGCCUGGCGUCUGCAAGCUGGAGCAGGAGGGAGAGGAGGGUCUGCAGCUCUGCAGGAACGAGCUGAUCCACGUGAAGAGUGUUGGACAGGAUUCCAAAUGGGAAGGGAUGUCCCUGCUGACAGGGCAGCGAGGCGUGGUGCCCGGGACUGCUCUGGAGCCCAUACCUCACCCCUUUUACCAGUGGUUCCUGAGGAAUUAUUCUGUGAGCUUUGGCCUCUCCCAGGAGAUCAGCGGGACGAGCUCUCGGGCCAUUGUCAGAGGCAGGUGCAUCGCCACCAAGGACCACAGAGGAGCAGCGUGGGAUGAGCUGAGCUUCUCCAAAGGAGAUCCCAUAGAAAUCAUUGGGUUCUUCAUCCCUGGGCUGCCCUGGUUUGUGGGCAAAUCCCUCAGCACCAGGAGCAUUGGCUUCGUUCCCACCCAACACGUAAAUCCCGAGGCUUGCGAACCUCUGGGAAAGGGCUUUGUUUUUCUGAGCGAAGAGGAGAAGUCCCCGGUGCUGCACAUCCCCUGCAAUGGUGACGAGCAGCACUUUGCCACCCUCCUGGGGGAGCUGGCACACACUGACAUCACCUCUGUGUACAGGCUGGCUGGGUUUGAACCCACAGCCAUGUUCCCACAAGUGCCACCAGAGGUUGCUCUCCAUGGCAGUACAGAAAUGCAGGUGCUCCAGUCUUGGGAGGAGAUCAAUGACUGGGCAACCAGCAGCACCUCCGAGCUGUCCAGCCCAGGCAGUGAAACAGCCCCUGCCACACUGGAAGAUGUUCUCCUGGAGAAGCUGGAUGACUUGGAUUAUCCCAAAUUCUUCAUCGACCUCAACGCUGGCCACAUGGAGGAUGCUGAUGUCUUUGACCCCAUAUUGACCUUCCUCAACCAAGACAGUUUCGUGCCCAGCUUCCAAAGCUUUUAUGAUCUCAGCUUUUCCUUUCUCCACUCCACUUUUUAUGGUUUCUCUGAUGAGGAUGAACUGGUCCUGUACCUCGAGACUUCCCGGAACUGGGCCAAGAGGACUCGUUCCGUUUGGGCUCACGUCAGGCUCUGUUUCCUCUUGGGGAAGCUCUGCAUCAAAAAGGUCAAGUUCUCCCAGGCCCGGGUGUACUUUGAGGAGGCCAUGAGUGUCCUGGACAGGGGCUUUGGGGACCUGCCCCUGCUGGCAGCGCUGCACGGGAGCCUCGCCUCCAUCUACCUGAAGCAGAACAUGAAGCACAAGUUCUCCUCCCUGCUGGGGAAGACGGUGACCCUGCUGGUGUGCCUGCCUGGCCGCUCCUUCAGCUCGGAGAACGAGCUGGAGCUCCUCACCUACAUCCUGAGGGAAUCCAUCGCCGUGGGCAACGCUCCGCUGGAGGCCCGCAUCUGCUUCCUCAUCGUCAAGCUCUUCCUGCAGCUGGGCAGGACCGAGGAGGUGCUGCCCUUUCUGGAGCACCUCCAGUGUCUCAGCACCACCUGGCUCAGCCCGGGCACCCGUGCUGGGCCCCUGGAUGCCGCUGCCACCUUGGGCUACCUCUAUGACAAGAAGUGCCUGCCGAACAUCGCGCUGGCCUCCGUCAGGUCCUUCGUUCCCAGCAGCGCCAAGGGGACGCCGACCCCCAUCUGGCGAGCUGGCUUCAUCCUCCAAAAUGCUUCCAAACUCCUGGGGGGGAAGCAGCAGCUGGGCAGGAGCAGCAUCCCAGCCCUGGCUUGCCUGUACCUCAGGCAAGCGCUGCAGUUCUGCUGCGAGAGCAGGGCCGUGCCCAUGCAGCGGACGCUCUGCGCCAUCCUGUCCAGGACGUACCUCCAGCACGGGCUGCUGGACGGGGCUGUCCCUUACGCAGCCAGGGCUGCAGCCCUGGGCAGGCUGCUGGGCGAGGAGGAGGCUUUUGAGUCCUCGCUGUCCCUGGCGUGGCUGUACCUCCUGCAGCGGCGGCCGGGCCCGGCCGGGCCCGUCCUGCGGCAGCUGCGGCGCUGGCUGCGCGGCGCGGCCUGCGAGACGCCGCGCGGGGCCCUGCACAACCUGCUGGCCGUGGCCCUCGGCGCCCAGGGCCGCGUCCAGGAGGCCGCCGAGAACUUCCUGAGGGCCCUGCACAAGGCCAAGGAGGCGGGGAGCAGGAGGAACCAGGCCGUGUCCCUGGCCAACCUGGGCCAGCUGAGCCUGUCGUGCGGGGCCGCCCAGCUGGCCGAGCUGUACCUGCUGUGGUCGGUGCGGCUCUACGCCGAGCUCCAGGGCCACCAGGAGCUGGACACGGAGCUGGCACAGGUGCUGCUGUGGCUGGCACAGGCCAUGGUGGACAGGCAGAGGAUGGGAGAUGCCAAGCUGUGCUAUGAACUGGCGCUGGGGUUUGCCCUGAGGUGGCAGAACCUGAGGAGUCAGCUGCACGUCACGGAGCGUCUGUGCCAUUUCUACAGCAGCGUGUGCCCCGACCUGCGAGCCUGCAUCACCUACCACGAGCACUGGGCGUCCCUGGCACGGCAGCUGCAGGACAGGGAGCUGGAGGCCAGUGCCAGGCAGGCCCUCAGCCGGCUCUACCAGGCUUUGGGCACCCCUGAGGCUUUGAGACAAUCCCUGGACUGCACCAAGCAGAGCCUGAGGAUCUUCAUCGACCUCGAGGAGGUUGUGAAGGCAGCAGAGGCCUGGCUGCAGGCAGGAAAACUCUACUAUCUUCUGCAGGAGGAUGAGCUGGUGGAAAUGUACUUCCAGGCAGCCAUCCAGACUGCUCUGAAAGGGGACAACUUCUCCUUGGCCAUGGAUCUCUAUGAGAAAGCAGGUGACACCUUCUUCAACGGCAGCCGGAGCAGGGCCCGGGCAGUGGAGUUUUACAGGGGAGGAGCUGUGCCCUUGGCCAGGAAACUCAAGGCCACCCAGACAGAGCUGCGGCUGUUCAACAAGCUGGCAGAGCUGCAGAUCAGCCUGCAGGGCUACGAGAAGGCUCUGGAGUUUGCCACGCUGGCAGCCAGGCUCAGCCUCAGGGUCGGGGAUCAGCUGCAGGAGCUGGUUGCCUUCCACCGCCUGGCCACAGCCUAUGACCUGCUGCACAUGCACGAGAUGGCCGAGGAUUGCUACCUGAAGACGCUGGCCAUGCGUCCCCCCGUGCUGCAGAGCUCAGCAGAGGCCCUGUACUACUGCAAGGUCUACUGGCACCUGGGCAACCUGGCCCUGCACAAGCUGAAGGAUGAACAGGAUGCAGCCUCCUACUUCCUGCUGGCCCUCGCCGCAGCCACCGAGCUGGGAGACCAGGAGCUGCAAGCCCUGCUCCGUGCCAAGCUGGGUGCCAUCCCCAGAGCCCCAGGGGCACCUGAGGGCACUCCAGGCUGUGCCACCGCCCGGCCCCGGUGGCUGAGCGAAGGUGGCCACGUGGUGUGACCCUUGUGCCACCCUGAGGACACCAGUGGAGCCAUCCAGCAGCGCCGUGCAAGGUCCGUGUGCCCUCCAGGAGACUCCUGCACCACGUCCUGAGGGGCUGGAAGGGUUUGGGCUCCUCCUCCCAAGCACUUGGGACCCUGCCCAUGUUUUUCAGGAGCAGGGCUGUGCCCAGAGCGGAGGUGGCACAGCCAGGGCAGGGCGAGGCCCAGCAGUGGUGCUGGAGCUGGGGGUGCAGCAGGGCUGAGCUCCGGGGGGGUUCAGGAGUGCCCUGCCCGGGAUGGGGAUGGGGAGUGCUGCCAUGUGCCCGUCCCCCCAGCUCCCCACACCUUGCAGCAGCUCAGCCCAAACGUGUGGAAUGGCAGCUCCUUUAUUUACACCUGGUUUUUAUCCUCGUCUGCCCCACGAGUCUGUGAGGGCAGCUCUGCCAAGCCCCUCUCCUGUAAAAAAAAAGCUUUUGGCAGUGAGGGACAGAAUUAGGGAAGUGAGGAGCAAUAAAGGGGGUGGUCCAGCCUUAUGGGGGGCAGAAAAAACUGCUCAGGGGGAGGCAGAGCCCACCCUGACCCCAGCCCUGCCGCCCAGCCUGGAGCAGGAGCACAGAACGGGGAGCUGCUGGAGUCCCCAUCCCGAAGGUGUCCAAAUGCAGAAGUGGCAUUUGGGGACACGGUUAUUGCCGGGGCGAUGGUCGGGCUCGAUGACCUUGGAGGGAUUUCCCAGCCCGAGCGGCUCUCCCGGGCACGGGCAGGAUGCUCAGCUCUGCUCUCAGCCACCAGAGAGCAAUAAAUGCCCAUUUUUACAGCGGGAGCGGCUUCCCUGCAAACCCGAGCCCGGCACAGGGAAGAAGGAGAGCUGUUCCCAGCUGAUUGCUUUGGCAACCAGUGGCCAUGUGGGCUUCACAGCCAGACCCCUCUCCCAGCUCCUCCAGCUCCCUGCCCCUGCUGCCCUGCCUGGCGUUGUUAAAUGCACAAUAUUUAUUUCCCCCCUGCUCUCUACAAAAGCUGAAUUCAGCUUCCCCUCGCAGUCCCUUCCAGGGGUUUGUCACAGGGGCAAUGGUUAUUUACUGCUUGUUUCCCGAGCAUUCCUGCGCUGCUGCCUCACAGCCAGCCCGGGGCAGGGGGAUCUCCAUCCUGGGGGGAGCCCAGGCGGCUCAGGGCUCCCCAAAACCUCCCUGCCCACCUGAUCUCUGCAGCUGCUCGGUGCCCACCAUGCCAGGGCAGGAUGCUUUCUGCAGUUUUUCACUCAGUUCUCCUUUUUCUUUUGGUCUAGAUGGUCUGUAAAGGACCAUUCCGACCCCUUAACGUGCUCUGGAUCCUUUCACACGUGGAGAAAAGUCACAUCUUUGUGGCAGGAGGAAGGUGGACAGCUGGAAAUCAGGGUGUGGAGAGGAGCUGGGAUGGCUCUGGAAGCCCUGAGGGCUUUGUGUAAGCACACAGGCUCAGUGUCUGAGCUGGCCUGACCCAGCCCAGCCCCAGGAGUCAGAGAUGUUCUGAUCCAGGGACUCUGGAGCUGCUUUGGAGCCAAAUGUGUCCUUAAAUCACAGCAAAACAAAUUUGUGGUGCCUGUAUGGGGAAAAAGUCUUCCUCCUUGGGAGCAUCCUGUAAAAUAUCAUUUUCUCUGUUCCUCCCCUGCCUGCUCCCACAUGCUGUGAUGCAGGAGAGCUCAGGCUGGCCAGGGCUAAUUAAAAUUCACAAUACAGUGAAAUUUAAAGCUGUUGUUCAUGUGCACCAAGGAAAGAUGAGGAUAUUCCAUCCCUCCAGGCACCAGUUUUGUGGGCAGAGAAAUCCGGGGACUUUGUGGCAGAGGAGGUCACCAGGUGGUGGCUCAGCUCCUGCAGCUCCUGUCCUCCCCCUGCCCAGGAUGGGGACACUGUCCCUCCUUCCUGGGACACUGCAGGAGGGAUGCCCCUGAGGGCUGCAGAGCCUGGCCAGGGCUGUGCUGCUGCUCCAGGAGAAGGCUCUGGGAAGAGAAGGAAUGUGGGCACACAGGAAUUAUCCUGCAGAAAGCAUCGACCACCAGCGUCCUGCUCCCUCAGGCAGAAAUAGGGGAAAGGGAAGGGGUGGAUCAAAUCUCCUCUGACACCAGCGGUGCCCUGGCGUGUGACUCCUGCCCCAGCCACAUGUGACUGCCUGUUCCAUGCCCAGGCCAGGAGUUUUCCUUCCUCCCUGCAGCCAGAGAGGCUGGAAAUAGGCCUGGAGGGAGCCACGUGCAGCAGCACGUGCUGCUCAGAGCAGCUCCUUCCUCCCAGCACUUCCAGAAGCUGCAGGGACACCCCUGCUUUGGAUUUGGUGCCCCAGUCCUUCCCCAGUUUGGCCUUCCAGGCACCAGCACCCCCAGUCCUGGCACUGGGGUCCCUGUGUUUGUUUGAUGCCUCAGGGGGCCGUUUAAGGCCUGGAGUAACGAGGAGCUGCAUUUCUCUCCCAUAUGUUCAUUCUUGGACAGUGGAAAUACCACGACAGGAAUAAUCCUUGCAUCAUCUGAGCUCUGGUGUGAGCCUCCCGUGGAAUGGGGAGAAAGGAAAUGCUGAUAAUGGAAAUACAGAUAUGGACAGAGAGCUGGAUUUGUUUGGAUUUUCGUGGAAAUGACUUGUUUCUGCAGAAAUACAGCACCCAACAAUAACUGCUGUUAUCAGCAGACAUUUUUUCAUCAUUCCCACAGUGGUGCAAACUGGGCUGGAUGAGAGACCUGGCGUGGAGGAGCAGCGAGGCUGAGGCAGAGAUAAACCCAGAGCUCAGCUUAUCUCAGAGCUGGCUGCUCCUCUCUGGGCAGCAUCUCCUGCUGUUGCCUGGCUCAGUAAUGAGGAGUUGGUAAACACCAGCUGUUCUGCUGAGCAGAGCUGGGGGGAGUGUGUAAACUGGGUAAUUUAGAUUAAAAAUCAUUUAUUUGCACUGCAA